GUUUAGAAAUUGGCCUGAUGGGCUGACAUCUGUGUAAAUGAGGACGAAACGGCGGCGCUCCUGUUAGGGAUACGUGUCGAGCAGCACCGCCUUCGGUGCAGAUUCAGCAGCCUAGAAUUUCACUUGUAUGAUUGUAUCCACAAAUUUCAAACCAAGUCAACAAACAAAAGCACCGACGUGUGACGUUCAUUCGUAUCUCUGUUUAAGCGACGUCGUUUGAAGGUGCUUACCAGUUAUUAGUAGGGUUUGGAAGGUUUCUCUGAUGGAAGGUGAUGGGAGAAUGGAGGUGGGACUCGCUUGGCUUCUGAGAGCGGCGUGGAUUGCGGGAACAUUGCCCAUAUUGGUCGCUUCAAUCCCUUCUUCUCGGCUCAGUCCCGUCCAUGGAGUUUUGUCAGGAUUCGCAAGUAGAGGCAAGACUCUGCAAUCUUCGUCCCAAAAGUUGACGGUGCCACAGAGUUUUUUCUCGCAUUUUUACUUGGUGGCCGUGGUGUGGACGACAAUCUUGCUACUUGCAACAUGGUACUAUGCAUAUAAAAUGGCACCAUUGGAUUCUGUGUCAUUGGAUUACUCCACCAUUGCCAGCCACUUGACUGGAGGUUCCCAUAUACUUUCACUGCACAAGUCUCGUUCUACCUCUGCACAGCACAGAUACAGGGUAUGGAGACCCGUGUUUUUGCUUUUAUUGAUGGAACUGCAUGUCAUGAGGCGUUUAUAUGAGACGCUAUAUGUCUUUAACUACAGCAGUUCAGCCCGAAUGCACAUUUUCGGCUAUCUAACUGGCCUUUUUUUCUAUAUAGCAGCACCCCUUUCUCUUUGCACCUGUUGUGCUGUAGAGGUUUUUAACUUUACAGCUGAUCAAGUGGCUGAGAUCAAUGUUGAAGGCAGAGAUUUGUUGUCAAUCACUGGGUCUGAUUGGUGGGGAUAUGUGAAGCCUAUUACAAAACUUGGAUGGUUUGAGUGGAUUGGUGCAGCUAUAUUCAUUUGGGGCUGGGUUCAUCAAUGCCGAUGUCAUGCAAUUCUUGGCUCAAUACGAAAAGAAAGAACUGGUGAAUAUCGAAUUCCUCAUGGUGAUUGGUUUGAACUUGUUUCAAGUCCACAUUACUUGGCAGAGAUGGUUAUAUAUGCAGGCUUAUUGGUUGCAAGUGGGGCAGCUGACUUCACUAUUUGGCUACUUUUUGUAUUUGUGGUAUUUAUUUCCUCUUCAACUCCGCAGAGUAUUCUUCUAAGAUAUAUAAACCAGCCCCACCCACACAUCUUACUCCUAUUUGAACCAAUCUUGGGAUUUACUUGGUAACUAUUUUUGGCAGGUGGCAAAUCUGGGCUUUGCAGCUGCAGAAACACAAAGGUGGUACCUCCAUAAGUUUGAGGACUAUCCACGCAAACGCCGUGCUUGUCUUCCAUAUAUCUACUAGCUGUGUAGUCAUCCUUCACAGGCUGCAGAAGACAUGGAUGCUUCAGAUGCUUUCGCAUGAUCACACAAUGUAAACGACUUUAAUUUAAAUUAGAAGAAAAAAUGGUAUGUACAGAGAGUCAGGUUUGAUAAAAUACUAGGAGGUCAUAUAUUGGGGUUUUUUUCUUUUCAAUUGAAAUGAACAAAGAGAUUGGGCUAUGGGAAAUCCGUUUUCUCCUUGUGAAAA